AUGGCGUUCAACGCCACGCAACAUCCCGGGUCAUUAGCCAGACGACCAUUAGCAAGAUUACCAACUAAUUAUAAUAUAAACAAGUUGACUGUUAUUGUUGUUGAACUGCUUAGUGCAGUCCUCGCCAGCUACACUGAAGAUCCCGUAACAGCCAGCUACACUGAAGAGCUCAUAACAGCCAGCUACACUGAAGAGCCCAUAACAGCCAGCUACACUGAAGAUCCCGUAACAGCCAGCUACACUGAAGAGUCCAUAACAGCCAGCUACACUGAAGAGCUCAUAACAACCAGCUACACUGAAGAGCUCAUAACAGCCAGCUACACUGAAGAGCUCAUAACAACCAGCUACACUGAAGAGCCCAUGACAGCCAGCUACACUGAAGAGCCCAUAACAGCCAGCUACACUGAGGAACCCAUAACAGAAAGCUACACUGAAGAGCCCAUAACAGCCAGCUACACUGAAGAGCCCAUAACAGCCAGCUACACUGAAGAGCCCAUAACAGCCAGCUACACUGAAGAGCCCAUAACAGUAAGCUACACUGAAGAGCCCAUAACAGCCAGCUACACUGAUGAGCCCAUAACAGUCAGCUACACUGAGGCGUCCAUAACAACCAGCUACACUGAGGCGCCCAUAACAGCCAGCUACACUGAAGGGCAUAUAAUAGCCAGCUACACUAAGGCGCCUAUAACAGCCAGCUACACUGAGGCGCCCAUAACAGCCAGCUACACUGAAGGGCAUAUAACAGCCAGCUACACUGAGGCGCCCAUAACAGCCAGCUACACUGAAGGGCAUAUAACAGCCAGCUACACUGAGGCGCCCAUAACAGCCAGCUACACUGAAGGGCAUAUAACAGCCAGCUACACUAAGGCGCCCAUAACAGUCAGCUACACUGAGGCGCCCAUAAUAGCCAGCUACACUGAGGCACCCAUAACAACCAGCUACACUGAGGCGCCCAUAACAGACAGCUACACUGAGGCGCCCAUAACAGCCAGCUACACUGAGGAGCCCAUAACAGCCAGCUACACUGAAGAGCCCAUAACAGUAAGCUACACUGAAGAGCCCAUAACAGCCAGCUACACUGAAGAGCCCAUAACAGUAAGCUACACUGAAGAGCCCAUAACAGCCAGCUACACUGAUGAGCCCAUAACAGUCAGCUACACUGAGGCGUCCAUAACAACCAGCUACACAGAGGCGCCCAUAACAGCCAGCUACACUGAAGGGCAUAUAAUAGCCAGCUACACUAAGGCGCCUAUAACAGCCAGCUACACUGAGGCGCCCAUAACAGCCAGCUACACUGAAGGGCAUAUAACAGCCAGCUACACUGAGGCGCCCAUAACAGCCAGCUACACUGAAGGGCAUAUAACAGCCAGCUACACUAAGGCGCCCAUAACAGUCAGCUACACUGAGGCGCCCAUAAUAGCCAGCUACACUGAGGCACCCAUAACAACCAGCUACACUGAGGCGCCCAUAACAGACAGCUACACUGAGGCGCCCAUAACAGCCAGCUACACUGAGGAGCCCAUAACAGCCAGCUACACUGAAGAGCCCAUAACAGUAAGCUACACUGAAGAGCCCAUAACAGCCAGCUACACUGAUGAGCCCAUAACAGUCAGCUACACUGAGGCGUCCAUAACAACCAGCUACACUGAGGCGCCCAUAACAGCCAGCUACACUGAAGGGCAUAUAAUAGCCAGCUACACUAAGGCGCCUAUAACAGCUAGCUACACUGAGGCGCCCAUAACAGCCAGCUACACUGAAGGGCAUAUAACAGCCAGCUACACUGAGGCGCCCAUAACAGCCAGCUACACUGAAGGGCAUAUAACAGCCAGCUACACUGAGGCGCACCUAACAGCCAGCUACACUGAAGGGCAUAUAACAGCCAGCUACACUAAGGCGCCCAUAACAGUCAGCUACACUGAGGCGCCCAUAAUAGCCAGCUACACUGAGGCACCCAUAACAACCAGCUACACUGAGGCGCCCAUAACAGACAGCUACACUGAGGCGCCCAUAACAGCCAGCUACACUGAGGAGCCCAUAACAGUCAGCUACACUGAGGCGCCCAUAAUAGCCAGCUACACUGAGGCACCCAUAACAACCAGCUACACUGAGGCGCCCAUAACAGUCAGCUACACUGAGGCGCCCAUAACAGUCAGCUACACUGAGGCGCCCAUAAUAGCCAGCUACACUGAGGCACCCAUAACAACCAGCUACACUGAGGCGCCCAUAACAGACAGCUACACUGAGACGCGCAUAACAGCCAGCUACACUGAGGCGCCCAUAACAGACAGCUACACUGAGGUGCCCAUAACAGCCAGCUACACUGAGGCGCCCAUAACAGCCAGCUACACUGAGACGCGCAUAACAGCCAGCUACACUGAGGCGCCCAUAACAGACAGCUACACUGAGGCGCCCAUAACAGCCAGCUACACUGAGGCGCCCAUAUCAGUCAGCUACACUGAGGAGCCCAUAACAGCCAGCUACACUGAGGCGCCCAUAACAGACAGCUACACUGAGGCGCCCAUAACAGCCAGCUACACUGAGGCGCCCAUAACAGACAGCUACACUGAGGCGCCCAUAACAGCCAGCUACACUGAGGAGCCCAUAACAGUCAGCUACACUGAGGCGCCCAUAAUAGCCAGCUACACUGAGGCACCCAUAACAACCAGCUACACUGAGGCGCCCAUAACAGCCAGCUACACUGAAGGGCAUAUAAUAGCCAGCUACACUAAGGCGCCUAUAACAGCUAGCUACACUGAGGCGCCCAUAACAGCCAGCUACACUGAAGGGCAUAUAACAGCCAGCUACACUGAGGCGCCCAUAACAGCCAGCUACACUGAAGGGCAUAUAACAGCCAGCUACACUGAGGCGCACAUAACAGCCAGCUACACCGAAGGGCAUAUAACAGCCAGCUACACUAAGGCGCCCAUAACAGUCAGCUACACUGAGGCGCCCAUAAUAGCCAGCUACACUGAGGCACCCAUAACAACCAGCUACACUGGGGCGCCCAUAACAGACAGCUACACUGAGGCGCCCAUAACAGCCAGCUACACUGAGGAGCCCAUAACAGUCAGCUACACUGAGGCGCCCAUAAUAGCCAGCUACACUGAGGCACCCAUAACAACCAGCUACACUGAGGCGCCCAUAACAGUCAGCUACACUGAGGCGCCCAUAACAGUCAGCUACACUGAGGCGCCCAUAAUAGCCAGCUACACUGAGGCGCCCAUAACAGACAGCUACACUGAGGCGCCCAUAACAGACAGCUACACUGAGACGCGCAUAACAGCCAGCUACACUGAGGCGCCCAUAACAGACAGCUACACUGAGGUGCCCAUAACAGCCAGCUACACUGAGGCGCCCAUAACAGCCAGCUACACUGAGACGCGCAUAACAGCCAGCUACACUGAGGCGCCCAUAACAGACAGCUACACUGAGGCGCCCAUAACAGCCAGCUACACUGAGGCGCCCAUAUCAGCCAGCUACACUGAGGAGCCCAUAACAGCCAGCUACACUGAGGCGCCCAUAACAGACAGCUACACUAAGGCGCCCAUAACAGUCAGCUACACUGAGGCGCCCAUAACAGACAGCUACACUGAGGCGCGCAUAACAGCCAGCUACACUGAGGAGCCCAUAACAGUCAGCUACACUGAGGCGCCCAUAAUAGCCAGCUACACUGAAGCACCCAUAACAACCAGCUACACUGAGGCGCCCAUAACAGUCAGCUACACUGAGGCGCCCAUAACAGUCAGCUACACUGAGGCGCCCAUAAUAGCCAGCUACACUGAGGCACCCAUAACAACCAGCUACACUGAGGCGCCCAUAACAGACAGCUACACUGAGACGCGCAUAACAGACAGCUACACUGAGGCGCCCAUAACAGCCAGCUACAUUGAGGCGCCCAUAACAGCCAGCUACACUGAGGCGCCUAUAACAGCCAGCUACACUGAGGAGCCCAUAACAGCCAGCUACACUGAGGAGCCCAUAACAGCCAGCUACACUGAGGAGCCCAUAAUAGCCAGCUACACUGAGGAGCCCAUAACAGCCAGCUACACUGAGGAGCCCAUAACAGCCAGCUACACUGAGGCGCCCAUAACAGCCAGCUACACUGAGACCAGCAGAAAGGCUGUCAUCGUAAAGUGCUGUUUUAAAUUCAUGAAUUUCAAGAAAGUAAAACAGGAAAUGAACUUUAAUGGGAUGAAAAUAAUGGAUAAUGAGUCCAGGAGAAGCUGUUGGUCGGUUCUCACAGAGGAGGGCAGCCCUCUCAGCCCAACAGGGAAGGUCGGCAGCCCUUUCAGACCACAAAGGGAGGAGGGCAGCCUUCUCAGACCAACAGGGGAGGAGGGCAGCCCUUUCAGACCACCAGAGGAGAGUGCUCGUAAGCAUCUCACCGCACAAACUAUCUCAUCUCACUGCCGCUUCUUAACUAUCACUCGUCUUCACGCUUCCCGUGAAAUGUGUCAACUUCUGACAUCUCACACAACUCAGCUUCACCACUACAACUCAUCUUCAUCAUCCCUACGCUUCCGUUUCUGUGGACAACUUGACACUACUCUCGUCCCCAGUCUGUCCACACUCUCCUUCACCUCUGCUCAGCGCAGUUAUCUCCACUUCCUGACUCUCAUCUCAGCAGGCCGGGCUCCAGCUAGGUCCACUCUGUCCACAUUACCUCUCUCCGGGAGGGUCAUCUUCACACUUGACCUCGUCAUGCCCUCACGUCCACGAGCUAGACCUUCACUAAACAACCCUGAUACAUCCACGGCAAUUUCUUCCUUCGGUGGAGUCGACACUGCCACACCAUCUCCAGUGUCACCCUCGGGGUCUACAUCUGACCUUGCCACUACACAGGUGGGGUAUACAAUGACUUGGUUGUCCUCCGACUCAUCCUCCAGGAGGCCAGUCAGAACCACUCUGUCCGGUGUUCCAUCAGUACCGCGGCCCUUCUGGCACUCCUCCGGCACACUUUCACUACGAGCUCUGGUAAUACCUUAG